CAGGGACAAACAGUCUUUGCUAAUGUGUAAAAUCAGCCAGCAAGCCAAGGUCAGGACCUGGCAAUCACCGGAGCCUCUCCCUGCGGUUAUCAUGAUCUAUGGUGACCCCACGAUGGAUGUGGGGAGCCAACCAGGUCAAACGCCCUGUGAGAGACCGGGCCACGGCUCACUGGCAAGUGAAGACCUUGACAGAAAACCUCACACCCCAAGAGCACGUGCAGAAGAGGCCUUCCUGAUUCUGUCUCACGUGGCUUCGUUCUUAGGUGGUCAGCACGCUGUUGGAAUGGAGGAGGCCUUGGCAGAGCGCGUCGGGGCGGAGCCUUUCCACAGGGUCACGCCCCUGCUGGAGAGCUGGGCGCUGUCUCAGGUGGCAGGCAUGCCGGUCUUCCUCAAAUACGAGAAUGUGCAGAUAGCUGGCUCCUUCAAGAUCCGGGGCAUAGGUCAUUUCUGCCAGCAGAUGGCCAAGAGGGGAUGCAGACAUCUGGUGUGCUCCUCAGGGGGCAAUGCGGGCAUUGCGGCUGCAUACUCGGCUCAUAAGCUGGGCAUCCCUGUCACCAUCGUGCUCCCAGAGGGCACCUCCGUGCAGGUGGUGAGGCGGCUGGAGGGGGAAGGGGCCGAGGUCCAGCUGACUGGGAAAGUCUGGGAUGAAGCCAAUGUAAAAGCACAAGAACUGGCCACAAGGGACGGCUGGGUGAACGUCUCCCCGUUUGACCAUCCCCUUAUAUGGGAAGGCCAUGCCAGCCUAGUGCGGGAGCUGAAGGAGUCACUAGGGACCCCUCCAGGUGCCGUGGUGCUGGCCGUGGGGGGCGGAGGGCUCCUGGCAGGUGUGACUGCUGGCCUGCUGGAGGUGGGCUGGCAGCAUGUGCCCAUCGUUGCCAUGGAGACCCGCGGGGCGCACAGUUUCAAUGCGGCCUUGCAGGCAGGCAGGCCGGUCACCCUGCCAGACAUCACCAGUGUAGCCAGGAGCCUCGGAGCCAAGACGGUGGCUGCACGGACCUUGGAGUGUGCAAAGGAGUGUGAGGUCCUCUCUGAGGUGGUAGAAGACCGGGAGGCUGUCAGCGCUGUGCAGAGGUUCCUGGAUGACGAGCGCAUGCUGGUGGAACCUGCCUGCGGUGCCGCCCUGGCCUCCAUCUACUCGGGCAUCCUGUGGAGGCUCCAGGCUGAGGGCCGCCUGAGCUCCACCCUGGCUUCUGUUGUGGUCAUCGUGUGCGGUGGCAACAACAUUAGUAGCCAACAGCUUCAGGAGCUGAAAAUCCAGCUGGGCUGCAGCUGAAGAAUCCCAGGGGCUCCCCCAGAGGUUCCUGGACACCUUGGUGGUCACUCACGGGACCUCGGUUCCAGUGGUCCUGCCCUCUUCCUUCCAGGUAGCCCUCCUGGGUUGCUCUCAGUGGCUCCCUGAUGUCCAGUGAAUAAACCUGACUGAGCUGA